AUGAUAAACAGAUGUGUGCACUGCCUUUCAAAGCAUCUAAUGAUAAACAGAUGUGUGCACUGCCUUUCAAAGCAUCUAAUGAUAAACAGAUGUGUGCAUUGCCUUUCAUUCUUUCACCUAGUAAUAAAUCAAAUUUAUAUUUAAGUGCUAGUGUGAUUUUAGGAAAUUUCUUGGGAAUGUGUUAAAAAAAUCUUAUCAAGUAAAUUGUGGUUAACUACUGACUUAGUAAUAAAUGUAAGAACUUGGAACUGUGAUGGUGAAUCUUAAGAUUUAAAAAAAAAGGAAAGAAAAUUUCUGUUAUGUACAAAAUUCUUCAUAGUCACAGUUAUUGUUGUUCUACUGAAUAAACAUAUUCUUUCAGUAAAGUUAAACCAAAAGUAUUUGGAAGUAUAGUUUGUGAAAUGAUUCUGUGUGUUGGACCAAAAGGAUGUGGAAAGACACUUCUUCUGAAGAGGUUGCAGUUGGAGAGUUUUCCAAAAAAUGAAAUCACCUCCGAAGAAGUCAUUCCUACCACUGUCCCUACAGUUGGAAUUAAUAUAACUACAAUAAAACUAUCAAGGAAAGUUGAUACUACAAUUCAUGAGCUUGGUGGAGCAAUGGCACCUAUUUGGCCUUGCCACUUCUCACAGUGUCGAGGGUUGAUGUUCGUAAUAGAUACAAGCAAUCUCAUGCAGAUAAGUGCUGCCUGCAUUCAGUUAUAUGAGAUAGUUACCCAUGAAUCAUUGCAAACUGCUCAGAUUUUAAUUAUUUUAAAUAAAAUUGAUGUGCCAGUCACAACUAGUAUUAUAGAAGUUAAGGACGUUCUACGUUUAGAACAACUGAAGCAGCAUGCUAAACAGAGUAUAGAGACUGUUGAAGUGAGUGCAUUUUCUGGAGAUGGUGUUGAAAAUAUCAGGAAGUGGUUGCUUCAAUUUCAAUAGCAAAACAUAACGUGUUUGACGGCCCAUCUUUUAAAAUAAAGAACAUGUUUAACAAUCAGGUAUAAUUGAAGACAAUAUCUUUUGGUAGAGAUAUGAAACUCUUAAUAAUUUUUCUGCGUUAUUAGGUAUAUUUAUUAGUACCAUUUACAAUGCAUAUAACUUACAAGAGACGUAAAUACAUUGAAAGGAGAAAGGGAAGUUAAAAUUAUUAAUAAGCAAUUUAAUGUGAUAACAUUUGGAAGUGUAAUGUACUAGUUACUCAAUCAUUUGUUUCUCUUGUUCUUCAUUCUUUGUUAUA